AUUUUUAAUUAGUAAUAAUAUUAAAUCUAGAAUAACAUAAAACCACAACCCCGCCAUCGGGGUUACAGUGCCAGUUAAUUUUUAUUGGUUAUGGGACGUUGAGGGAGCUCUACUCCGGAGUGCGGAAUUCGUUGUGCGCCAUUUUGAAAAAUUUCCUUUUACUAUUAUUUCCGAUACAACAGAGUGGUUCCAUGGAAGGUACACUGGAAGAACCAGUGGUCAAAGACCCGUCUUGUGACAGUGAUGUAGCCAAAGAUCAAGUUAUUCCAAACGGUAUCAAUGGAAACUAUGAUGACAAUGAGAAGCAUGACGACAUCGACGACAUGACAUCAAACAAAAUGGAUGCUGACGCAGGUAAUAACGAUGAUGACGCCGGUGGUGGUGGAGGUGAAGUAAUAGAAGAUGAAGAAGAAGAAGACGAUCCAGAUAAUGAUGACUAUCAUGGCAACAAAGAUACUGAAUUAGUUGAGCAUGAGGUUGAACAUGACGUUGGAGAAGAAAAUUUCGAGGAAGAAAACCCCGAAGAAAAUCGGGAUGAAGAGGAGGAAGAAGAGGAUGAGGGUGAUGAAGCUAAAAAGUGUGAUGAUGAAGAGGUGAUUGAGGGAGAGCUUGAGGAAAACAAAGAGUACGAAACUAUGGACGUCGACAAUCAGGAUAAUUCAGAUGUCGAGUGUCUUGAUGAAGACAACGCUCCAGAAAAUCUCAUGGAGGUGGAUGUUGAUCAUGAAAUGAAUGAUGAUGUCGAGGGUGACAAACAGGAAGACGAUAACCAGGACGAGCAUGUACAAGACAGCGACGGUAUUCAGGAAAUUGAUAAUGUCCAGAUUAUUGACGACGAGCAGAAUGAGGAAGACGAUGACGUGAGAGCUGUUUCCGAGAGCAGCGAUGUUCAGCAACUUAAUGACAGUAUUGUUUCUGUUUCAAGCACUGGAUCAGAUUUGAAAAUUUGUGAAGAGAAUGGCAGCAUUGGGAGUCCGGAUAUCGAAGAGAUAACAGACCCCAAAAGCAAUGGCCCCAGCAAGAAUAAUUUAGAGCGCACACCGGUAAAAGAGUCGAAGCCGAAAAAGGCGCGUAAACAAAUAGAUUUGAGCAACAUAACUCCUCGGCGCAGUUCUCGCAAUAUUAAGCGCACGAGUUAUAUCGAAAAGGAGCCCGAGGAGGAGGUCGAGGUCGACAACUCCUCGGACAUCGAGGAAAUAAAGCCAGAGGAUCCUCUUGCGUGUAUCGAUAGUAGUGUUAGUAUUAGCUUGACUAGUAGUAGUAGUAAUAACCAUAAUAAUAAAGAUAAAGAAAAUUCAAAAUUAAAGUCGCCUAUUAAAUCAAGCAAGACGACGAUCGUUGUCAACGACACUAAACGUCUUGUUGAAAUAGCCGCCAGCAGCAACAAAUCUUCUAAAGGAGGCGGCAAAAAAGAGCCGACUUUGGUUAUUAUUGACACUAACUCUAUUCUCUCCGGACGUGGAGGAGUUCCUAUUGGUAGCAGCCACAGUUCCAGCAGCUCCAGUAAGACUUCUCACCACCAUUCGCUAAACACUUCUGGAUUCUCAGUACUGCCAGUUAAUUUGAGCACCACCCAGACAAUGUACCCAAAUAUGCGGACGACAAUAACUCCAGUGCCGAUGACCUCCAAAACAACUGGACACCCGAGAAUACCCAGCAGUAUAACAGCUGUUCCUACGACAGUCACCUCUGUGUCGGGUUCCACGUCGGCCUCGGCCUCUCAAAUCCUCCCGACAUUAACUGACGACAUGUUUGUCGUAGAAGCGCCGUCCUUUAUCGUCCCUUAUGUAUACGAGAAGCCCCCGAUAAAGCCGCUCAAGGAGUUUGUCACCAAGCUGGAGAAGUGCAUCGAGGAGGUAGAUCGCGAGGAGAAGGCAGCAAAGGCCGCGAAGAAGGAAGCCAAGAAAGCUGAAGGAAAUCGCGACUCUUCAUCAGAGUCCGGCAAGUACGACAGUGACGACGGGGGCAGUGUUAAAAGCGUGUCCAGCAGGAAAGAAGGCGGCAGCAAUGCCAACGAUUCAAUUGAGUGUCUGGGCGAGACUAAACCAUUUGAAGAUAAAAAUAAAAUGCUGACUUACUUUGAUUUACCUCUGGGUAAAUUUUUCAUGCAAAUUGGGGUCAAUCUUGUCCAAGAGUUUGUCCAGACGGAUUUGCUGCGCUCGCAAAAGCGUAGGCAGGGCAAGACCAACCCUUCUGCGGAGACCCAGAUGGCAAUUAAUUCGCUGAUUAAGAAUCUAGAGUUUAGUAAAGAAAACAAUGAACCAUUCCACUUAGACAUGAAAAAGUGCGAGUUUUGUAAUUUUAAAACAGAGUCUGCCUUGGUCAUGCAGCACCACUUGGAGACACCUCACAUGCGGAACUACGUGUAUAAAUGUAAUUUCUGUCCUUUGGAGGUGCGCAGCCCCCAUGACAUUCUCUACCACAUGGAAGCCGAGCACAACACGCGUGGAAGACUCGAGCGCGGCCCGGCCUUCCACCAGUGCCCCAAUUGUCCCUUCGAAGACAACCAAAAGGGCAAACUGACGCGGCAUAUUCUUGCAUGUGCCAAGAAGUUCAGGCCAGAACGUAACCUCGAGCCCUCUACUGACUGGGAACCCCCGGCGAAGAUACCCAGACUGAACCGCUCGAGACAAAUCAAUCCUAUGAACACCAACGCAGCUCUGGCGUUGGCUAUGAGCGCUAAAGGACAGCAGCCCUUGUUACCCAAGUUGUUACCCGCUCCGGUGUCCGGCCGUGGCCGAGGACGACCACCCAUGCAGCCUAGGUACUCUGAUAUCAAGUCGCUGAGACCCGGCGGCACGCCCGGGCGACAAGAUAAUGUCACUGGAAUGAUGUACCGGCCGACGUCAUCUGGGCUCUUGGUACCCACUUCUUAUCAAUUCGGUAGCAAUCAAGUAUUCCAGAAUUCGUCAACGUGUGUUAAAAAUCCAGCGGCUAAGUUGUUGAGUCAGCCGAGUAUAUCGAUAACACCGUUGCCUCGCACUACUCAAGCACCUAUUUCAAGCUCUGGAUCACCAUCUAAAGCUGGAAAAACUAGUUUUGUCAUUUGUGAAAUUUGUGACGGUUAUAUCAAGGACUUGGAACAACUACGUAAUCAUAUGCAAUGGAUUCAUAAAGUUAAAAUACAUCCAAAGAUGAUUUAUAAUCGGCCACCAUUGAACUGCCAAAAAUGUCAAUUUAGAUUCUUUACAGAUCAAGGAUUAGAAAGACAUUUACUUGGAUCUCACGGACUUGUUACAUCAAGUAUGCAAGAAGCUGCUAAUAAAGGAAAAGAUGCCGGACGUUGUCCAGCUUGUGGCAGAGUUUAUCAGUGGAAAUUACUAAACCACGUAGCACGGGAUCACGGAAUGACGUUGAAGCCCGCACACUUAUCGUACAAAUGUACAGUUUGCACUGCGACAUUUGGAAUGUACAAGCAAUUUGAAAAUCACGUUUACUCCGCACAUAGUGUUGUUGCAAAGCGGGUUAUGGACAAGAAAAACACCCCGUCAACGCCGUCAUCUAGAUCCAAUGACUCGUUGCUUAAGCCAUUGAAAAUAAACGACGAAAUAACAAUAAUACCACAGCCAGCAAAGUCCACAAGAUCGAGUAGUUCUUCACAGGGACGAAGCAAAUAACAAUAGUCAACCAAGUGAUAUGUGUACUUUGAUUUUUAUCUUUUUUUCUUUACUUUCGAGAUAUAUUUCGCGUAAGUUUUUAAUGAUACUCUCAUUACUUUAUAUAAAUAAAUUUAUAUAUAGAAAUAAUAAUUGAAUGCAAAUAAUAAUAAUAAUAUUAAUACAUACAGAGUUGAGGAAUAAAUAAAGAAACCAAGACCGAACAAGAUGUCGAUUUAUAAUUUAAUAAUGCACUUGCAUUGAACAACUUUUUAAUUAAUUUUACAAGAGAGUUUGACAAUUUUCCAAAAAAUUUAUUAAUUAUAAAUUUUUUAUUAAUUCAUCAAACAUACAUUAGUUGACUAAUUAUUCCAUCGAUUAUACUGAUCUAUUUAUUUAAGAAUUUUUAUUAUUGUUAUCGGACAUGCAUAAAAUAAUAUUAGUAACUAUGAUUAUAAUAAUGAUAAUAAUAUUAAAUAAAAAUAAUAAUUCCUAAACAAUAAAUAAUAAUAGACUGUAAAAAAAAAUAAACAUUACAUGGGUGGCCUUCAGUAAUAACUCUUUGGUUAAUCCUGAAGUCGCGUAUUUCCCAAAUCGCCUACGAGUGUAGUUUAAAAUCAGAACAGAAUAAAAAAAUAAAUAAAAAAUAACAAAAAAAAACAUACAAUUAUAUAAUUAAAUUAUAACGAUUAGAUUUCGAUAACAAUCACACACACACAGUAUAUUUGUGUUAUAUGUCGUGUAUAUUUACGCUGAAAAUUUAAUUAUAGUAUAGUUCUUUAUAUAUAUAAAUAAAUUUAUAUAUAUAUGAAUAAAUUUAUAUAUAUAUAUUCUAUAUAAUAAAUAUAUAAAUAUAUUUUAUGAGAAAGAGAUUGACGUAUGCGUUUGUGCUUCUACCCGGGAUCUCUUCAAAUUAUUAACGAAAUUAUUUUAAUCAGUAAAAUUGUUGAUUUUUUUUUAAGAAGAGACAAUUAGGGUGUUUUUUUUUUAAAUAAAAUUACAAUAUUAAGAUUUUUUUUUUUUUUUUUUUUUUUUUUUAUAAUUAAAAGCAAGGUGUUGAAAACGGCGAACAAACAUGAAUUAUUUUAAGCGUGUGUUAAGUAAUUUAUACAUGGUGUAAACGGUCGUCUUAAUAAUUGUCAUUAUCAUCACCAUUUAUCAUGAAUUCAUCCUCGUCAUAAUAAUUAUUAUUAUCAUUGUCAUAAUUUAUCGAUCGUCUUCAUUUAAAGGGUAAUUGGAUAAAAUUAAAAAAAAAUUGACAAAAUAUAAUAAAACAAAAAAAAAGAAACUGUACAUUGUAUCUAUCUAUAAGUUGGACGAAUAUUA